CUUCAAGUACAGCACUGCUCUGAAACAUGCAGACACCCCGCUUGAGCAAAUCAUGCGAUCAAUGUCGCGCUCGGAAGGUUCGGUGCCUAGUCCCACCAGAAUCUUCAGGCGAGCGUUCAGCUUGUACUCAUUGUAUCAAAAGAAAUGAAGUUUGCCAGUUCAGCAAUUCGAAACGCUCUUCUCGAUGGAGAACCGAAUCCAAGCCCUCCCAAAAUGCCCCAGCCGAGGGUCAUGCGCACUCUAGCGGCCUGUUCAUAGACCGGCUUCUCCAAGAUCCUGCAGAAGAGGCUUUCCUAUUCGAUGAAUUUUCGGUUCUGCGAGCCCAUGAUAAACAAGUUUCAAGCUCGGGGAUUGCGUUUUUCUCCGAAGAACGAAUUCAAUCCCUCACAAGAGUGAUAGGGAAUUCGAGACUACGUGAUCUGAUACAUCAGAUGGACCUCACGAUCAGAACGCGUCUCCUCGCGAGAUCCGAUCACGAAGUGACCCAAAGUCCACUAAACAGGGCACCCAAUCCAGAUACCAUACCACUAAAGCAGGCUGAGGCUUAUAUAAAAAGUUAUUUUGAUAAUGUUCAUCCUAUAUUCCCGUUCGUUGACCAGCACAGCUUUGAAGAGAAAGUGAAAGACCUCCACACUUCCGUAUCAUUCAAUACACACCCCGUCUUCAGUACUCUCUACCAUGCAGUGUUAGCAUUGGGCUGCCAGUAUCACGGCGGUGGCUCGUUCGAUCCGGGCAAGGGAACAGCAUGGAAGUUCUUUCAAACGUCACUUGGCCACAUCCCUCGGUUGGUGCUAGCUCGAGAGUCUUUAAUAGCAGUCCAGGCAAUCACUGCAAUGGCGGUAUUUGCCAUGAAUGCUUGCUGUCUGCAGGUAGAUCACACACUCUUGGCCGAAGCAAGUCGAAUGGUACUUGCCCUUAGGUACCACAAGUCUUCGGUCGUCGAUGCAAACCCAACUGAAUGCCACAGGGUCUUCUGGGUAGUCUAUCAUCUUGAAAAACAAUAUAGAUUUCAAGGGCGAAGGGCUUCAGCUAUUGCAGAUUACGACGUCGGCUGUCAGGUACCGAAUGUUCCGGAGUCCAUUUUCGGAGAGUUCAAUUGGUUCUUGGCCUCUAUUCGCAUCAGUCGGAUCUUUUCCAUUGCCUAUGCUUGUCUCUUCUCGGUAGAUGCUUCCACCCACUCACCAGGACAGUUAGUAUCGGCCUUAAACCAUGUGCGCAAAUUGUUAGAGGAUUGGCGGCAAUCUAUACCCCUGGAAUACCGACCUGGAGAAUCCGUUCGACCAGCUUUCCAGUCGCGCCCUGCUUUAAAGGAGAUCGCUCUACGAACGAAUUUCUAUUAUUAUCAUUUAGUCAUCACAUCGGAAAGACUAAAGCUUCGUCUUGCCUCGGACCAGCAAAAGGCACGCGAAAGCGAGGAAGUUCUUUUGAAAGCAGCAGGUGCGAUAAUAGAACUGAGUUCUCUCAUUGAUGUUGAGCCGUAUACGCCGACCUUUCUCCUGGCCACAAUGCCUUUGGCCGCUCUGUUCAUUGUGUUUGACUUUGUUGUCCAUCAUCCAAAUCACCCGGAGACACGACAGCACCUCAUGCUGCUGGACAUUGUCUCUGGGCAUUUCAGUCUUCUCGAGCAGCGUUCACGAGGAACAUUGCCAGGGGGUUACUUGUCGUAUUUCUCGUUUAUCGCCAAAGGUUAUGUCGAGAAUGUCGAAAGACAAGCAACUGAUGAUUGUAAUCAGGAAGCACAGAACGCCCGGGGCACCCAUGACUUGCCUGUCGAGAGGCUAGAAACUUGUGCAGCUAACUCUGUGGAUACCGAUCACAGACAGACAGAUUCGAGCGGAGACGAGAGAAGAAGAGCAACCAGGAGCGAAUCCAGUAUCCAAAGCCAGUCUCACACCUUUGACAAUUACUUUUCUGAUGAGGGCUCAUGGCCCACUAGCAUGCAGACUGCCACAGAAGCUGAUUUAGGAGCGCUUUUCGCGUCUGUCAUAGAUUGGGAGAAUGUAUACCAAGGGGCGCAAGAGAUCUGAUAGCAAUCGAAUAC